AAGUGGCUUUUAGGCACUAGGUUCAGAGGAAGUGGGGGCUGGAGGGGCCCAUGAACAAAACAUUGGGAUGGAGGUUGGCCAUGCUGGGCCAUGGAGCUCCUACCACCCUUUUCAUACUGAGCCCCCAGGCUUGGAAUUACAGUGACCAGUAAUCUGCCUUUCUCUGUGCAGAGGGGCAACUGGGUCAGCUGCAGGGUCUCCAGAAAAAGUAGGGGCCCAGGAAUGGGGGCAGGAGGAACCUGCACGCUUGCCCAGAGGACAAGACUCAUUCUCCCGUUAACCAUUACCCCAUUGCUUCCACGACAGCGUCUUCAAGGAGGCGGGACUUGGGAGGGGGUAGGUGAGCUGGUUGGGAUGGACCUUGUCCCUCCUCUGAGCACUGGGUGGCUGAUCCAGCUAUGAAGGCAGCUGCAGGUAGGAGUCCGGGAAAAAUCCUCUGGAGGGGACUUUGGGGCAGUCAGGAGACAAAUUUGUAGGGUGAGGCUUUGGGACCAGGACAUACUUGAUGUUGGGGCUUGAAGCCCUGAGACAAAUAGAAGUUGGGAGAAAAGAAGUGAGUUGAUACGUCUGUCUUCCUGGUCUACACCACACCCUGUACAGAUAUGCUCAGAUUUAUGUGCCUAAGACUUAGGGGGAGGGGCGGGAAGGGGAGCGCACAAUAUCCUGUGUGUAUGUCAGUGAGAAGGAAGACCCCUUAAAGCAGAAUGGAGGGGGUCUGAGUUUGGGGGUUCCCCCAAGUCCUUUCAGUUUACAACCAUGGAAGAGGCAUCUGGGGGGGGGGGGGCGGGAAGAAUGUGCCUCUCCUCCUCUCAUCCACUUCUUUGCGCAGUAGAUCUUCCAGAUCUUCCGGACGCAGGCUCGUUAACUCCGAAGUUUAAGUUUAACCCAAAGCUGGGCAUUGAUAAUCCUGUCCUCUCCUUGGCGGAAGACCAAGACCCCUCUGACCCCUGGAGCCUGGAGCGGCCUCGCUUCUGUCUGCUGAGCAAGGAGGAGGGCAAGAGUUUUGGCUUCCACCUGCAGCAGGAACGGGGCAGGGCUGGGCAUGUGGUGUGCAGGGUGGAGCCAGGCACCUCUGCCCAGCGCCAGGGUCUCCAGGAAGGAGACCGGAUCCUGGGGGUGAACAACGAUGUCGUGGAACAUGAAGACCAUGUGGUGGUGGUACGCCGCAUCCGGGCCAGCGGUCCUCGGGUGUUGCUGACGGUCUUGGCGGGGCAUGUGCAUGAUGUGGCCCGAGCUCAGCAUGGGGACAGUGCCCACCUAUGCCCUACCCUAGGCCCAGGGGUGCGGCCCCGGCUGUGCCACAUAGUGAAAGAUGAGAGUGGCUUUGGCUUCAGUGUCACCCACGGUAAUCAGGCUCCUUUCUGGUUGGUGCUAAGUACUGGAGGAGCAGCUGAGCGGGCAGGGGUGCCCCCUGGGGCCCUACUGCUGGAAGUGAAUGGGGUCAGUGUGGAGAAGUUCACUUACAAACAACUCACCAGGAAGCUUUGGCAGAGUGGAGAGCAAGUGACCUUGCUGGUGGCAGGGCCAGAGGUGGAGGAACAGUGUCGCCAGUUGGGAAUGCCCCUGGCUGCACCCCUGGCGGAGGGCUGGGCACUGCCCGCCAAGCCCCGCUAUCUACGCCUAGAGAAAGGGCCCCAGGGCUUCGGGUUCCUGCUGCGGGAGGAGAAGGGCCUUGACGGUCGCCCUGGGCAGUUCCUGCGGGAGGUGGACCCUGGACAGCCAGCUGAGAAGGCCGGGAUGCAGGCUGGGGACCGGCUGGUGGCUGUGGCUGGGGAGAGCGUGGAGGGGCUAGGCCACGAGGAGACAGUGUCCAGGAUCCGGGCGCAGGGCUCCCAUGUCUCCCUGAUUGUCGUUGACCCUGAGGCUGACCGCUUCUUCAGCAUGGUUCGCCUGUCCCCACUCCUCUUCUUGGAGAGCACAGGGGCUCCUGCCUCUCCCCAGGACACCUGCUCAGCCUCUCUGAUUGAGACUGGAGACCCACCACUUACAGACACAGCUGAAACUCCUGGCCCUCUGGGCUCCAACCAGUGCGUCCUGUACCCUGGGCCUGGUGGCAGCUAUGGCUUCCGACUCAGCUGUGUGGCUAGGGGGCCUCAUCUCUUCGUCUCUCAGGUGACUCCAGGUGGCUCAGCCGCCCGGGCAGGGCUGCAAGCGGGAGACGUGAUUCUGGAGGUGAACGGGGAUCCUGUGGGUGAAGAGAAUGUCCUGGAAAGGCUUCAGGAGCUGGCUGAGGCCGAGCCACCCCUCUGCCUGAAGCUAGCAGCCAGGUCCCGGCAGGGCUGGGAAGCCUGGAUUCCCCCAGGCUGUGGAGAGGAUUGGGCUCUGGCCUCAGAUCUGCUGUAAAGCACCCCUGCUUGGCACAGAUCGACCCAGUGGCUUUCCUGUCUUCACUCUCCAGACUGAGAUACCCUCUCCAAGCUAGAGGGCCGGAGCCCUAGGACUCACACACCACCAAUCACAGGGUUGCCCAGGGGCUCCCUCCCUUCCCAUGGACCUGCCUCCCAGGACAGGGUGUGGUCACAGGUCUCAGAUAGGCCCAUGAGGGAGCCUGGGGCCCCAGAGGAUGUCCUAUGGGAGCUUUGGAGAGCUGUGCCCCAAGGUGAAGUUGUGGGCUGUGGGGCCGGCUAGGAUUUUUUCUUUGGCCUUUAGGCCACAGCUUCCCCACCCUGACAGAGGAUUGAAGCCAUCUGGACCUUGCCUUAUGUAUGACUCCAGGAUCUUUGAGCACCUUGGGAUUGUCAGGGUGGUGCCUGGUCACUGUUGCGUUUGUUAUAGAAAUGGCCAUUCUCCAUAAA